AUGCAUCACAAAGAAAUCGAGGAUCGAUUACCAUGGCCGAUGGGACGAAAGAGAAAGGAAGUCAUCGAUGGGGCGAACCAACAAUUAGACAUGCUCGUUGCGAUUUUGGAGGGUGAGGGAAUUGAUGUAAGGCGGCCAGCGUCAGUUGAUCAUUGCAUUGCGACAAAAACACCGUCAUGGUCAGUUGAAUCACAAUACGGAACUGCUUGUCCGAGAGAUGUCAUGAUUACUUUGGGUGAUAUGAUAUUCGAGGCUAAUAUGGCGAAACGAUCGAGAUUUUUCGAAUAUCUUCCAUACAGGAAUGUAAUUCGAGAUCUGUGGACGCGGGACAAAACUAUGUUGUGGAAAGCCAUGCCGAAGGCUAGCUUCGACAGUGAUUGCUUCGAUGUUGGUUUUUGGACUAGAGAAAAGACUGCAGGUGACUGCAGGUACACACUUACGGAAAAGGAACCGAUCAUGGAGGCGGCCGAUAUUAUUCGAUGUGGCAAAGAUAUCUUCAUUCAGAAGAGCUUAGUCACCAAUGACGCUGCAAUAGAAUGGCUUUCACGAGAACUGGGUGACAAAUUUCGCGUACAUCGAAUGUAUUUCCCGCAAAAUCUUUACCCUGUUCACAUUGAUGCUACAUUUGUCCCACUGAGACCCGGCCUAUGUUUGACAAAUCCGGAUCGAUUACCCGACAAAGAUUCGGGAAAACUUUGGUUGGACAAUGACUGGAAAUUUAUAGUAGCACCGCAGCCGGUAUUCGAAGUUCCACCUCCAUUUUGUCAGUGCUCAAAAUGGCUGUCAAUGAAUCUAUUGUCUAUAUCUCCAACUAAAGUGAUUGUUGAAGAAAAUGAGAAACCGCUACACCAUUUGUUGGAGGAUAAUGGCUUUGAUGUCAUAGAUAUACCAUUUCGAAAGGUGUACGAAUUUGGUGGUGCUUUACACUGCACGACGUGGGAUAUUCGUCGGAAUGACAGCUGCAAAGACUACUUUCCAUAUCAAUAG